GCUCCGGGGGCGCAGCCCUGCUGAGCCCCUCGCCGACCACCGGAUCCUUGUUUAGGUUGGGUUGGGCCCGCUGCAGGAUGCUGGAGUCCAUCCGAGUCACAGAAAAGCUUCGUUGGCCUGAGCAGGAAUUUGCCAAGAAGUCUGUUCUGGAUCCAGGCGAUCGACUGAUUAUUGACUAUGAAAGAAACCUUCCACAGCUCUCCCCUGGAAUCCUAAAAGACAUUUUCACAACUGGAACCAGUAGCUACAAUGUUCUUCUGCAAAGUAAAGAGAAGAGGCAUAAUUUGCAGAAGCAGUCACCCCCUGCUGUCUGCGGAAGACACCAGAAGCCCACCAAGUCGCCCAAUACUUCAGAAAGCAAAGAAUCUGCCCAGAUCCCCGUUCCAGUGCCUUUUAGCUGGGUCUGCCCGAAUAAUCAGCCUCCUAUCUUUCUCCCUGGCCCAUUGUCCAGUAAUGUGAAGUUUCCUCACGCUCUCUCUGUUUCGGGGACCAGCAUAGGACUACCGCCGAGACCUAAAAGUAAGGCAAAGAGGCAUUAUUUCUCCUCUUUGCUAAAGCCAAAGCCACCCCAGCUCUCCAAAAGCCUUGAUAAAGGAGAAUUUUCUGGGAAGAAACUCUGUAUUCUGACUGCCAUCAAGCCAACCAAUGUGGAGAAAGAAAAGCUGAAAUUCUUCAAGUCGGAUUUCACCUACAAUCCUCAGUUUGAAUAUGCCAGCCCCGUUCUGACUAAUGUGUUGGCUAAACACAGCCAAGCGUCAGACCGAUUUCUUAAGCAGGCCAUCAGUAUUAUGGAACGCGCUUUGAAGAAAUACAGGAGUUACGAGAACUUCGAACAGGCCACCGGUGGGAGUCUGCUGCCCAGAAGUCGUAUCUGGGGUCACGUAAGGAAGUACAUGCUGAAAGAAGGCUGCCUGGGAGAGAUCGUGGUCCACCUCACCGAAGACCUCCUCUCCAGAGCCUCCAUGACUGUGGUGAGCGGCUGCCCUACUCUGACGAUCAACGUUGGCACGGCCCGUGAGCACUGGCUGGAGGGCAUGCUACGACAUGAGAUUGGGACCCAUUACUUCCGAGGCCUGAACAACACCCAGCAGCCCUGGGGUAAGUGGAAUGAGCGCCGACGGCUCGGGUUGAAGCCCAUCAACCCCACCGAGGAAGGCCUAGCCAGCCUCCACAGCGUCUUGCUCCGAAAGGACCCCUUCUUGUGGAGAGCCGCCCUGCUCUACUACACGGUCUAUCAGGCCAGCCAGAUGUCCUUCAGCGAGCUCUUCCAGAACGUGGGGAAGUUCGUUCAGGAUCCCAACACCCGCUGGGAUUACUGUGUCCGAGCCAAGCGUGGCUGGACCGACACUUCCCAGCCAGGCUGCUUCAGUAAAGACCAAGUGUACUUGGAUGGCAUCCUUCAACUCCUGAGAUACAGAGACACAAUCGACUUCUGCUUGUUGACGGCUCUGGGCAAGGUCUCCUACGAAGACGUGGAACGGUUGAAGGAGUUUGCUGUGCUGGGCAACAUCAGAGUGCCUCACUUCCUCCAGGAUCAUGCCCGAUACCUGGGUCAUCUGGAGAAAAUCAUGGAAGUCAACGAGCUCUCAGAUAAGGAGCUACGAGAGCUUAUAUUUUAACAGGACCCAACCAGAGUAGGAGAGGAGCCAAUUUUAUUUUUGUUUCCCGCAGGGCUUCAAGGAACUUUCAAGGGUCCUUUCUUUAAAAUACAUACCUCAAACUUUUCCUGAAAUGGGUCUUGCAGAGAAGCAUCAGCUCCAGAGAGGCAGUGUGGCCUAGCGGAAAAGCAUGGGCUUGGGAA